UCCCAGCCGCCCCCCCUCCACCUUUCCCCCCACGAGGCCCCCCCUUUAAUCACCCCCUCUCCUCCCCAACGCCACGGAAGGUUGGGGAAGGAAGGAGAGAAGAGAAGGGGAAGAAGAAGAAGAAGAGUGAUUUGUGAAGAAAGUGGUAGCGGUGGUGGUGGUGGUGGUGGUGGUGGUGACUGUGGCGGAGUGGUGAGAGUGCUUGUGGUGAUCAGAAAGAAAAGUGUGUGGUGAACGUCCCGUAAACACACACUCACACACACACACACACACACACACACACACACACACACACACACACACACACACACACACACACACACACGUAAACAUACAGAAGCGCACAUAAAGUUAUAGAGAGAGAGAGAGAGAGAGAGAGAGAGAGAGAGAGAGAGAGAGAGAGAGAGAGAGAGAGAGAGAGAUUUUACUUAUACACAGAUUACUAUACACUUAAAAUUACUAAAAUAUAAUUACAAAUAAAAAAAAACAAGAUUACUUUACAAAAUAUAUCUAGACCGGAAGAAAAAUUACUAGGAUUAUAUUAAGAAACAAUUAUUUACUUGUUAAUAGAAUAAUAAUUGUUGAUAAUUGGGUAGUUAGCUAAUUUUAAGUGAUUUUCGCUCUUAAGGAAGGAAAAAGAAGGGCGUUUUUAGCGUGAUAAACUGAUUUUUAGUGAUAUAUUAAAUUUCUGUGUAUAAUCUAUGUAAUCAGGGUAGUAAUAAUAAGUAACAGUAAUAAUUUAGAUUGAGAAAAGACUCGAGUUAGGUUUUGAGAGAGAGAGAGAGAGAGAGAGAGAGAGAGAGAGAGAGAGAGAGAGAGAGAGAGAGAGAGAGAGAGCACUUUCUGACACACACACACACACACACACACACACGGAAGCAAAAAUGUUGAAGUGAAUUACAAAGUUAGACACACACACACACACACACACACACACACACACACACACACACACACACACACACACAGAAGAAUGUGACAGUAAUCAAGAACAUCAAGGAAAACAAAACCAAGGAAGGAAAAUAAAAGGGAAAAAAUGCUGACUUGAAAUUAAUUAGACCAAAGAGAAGGAAAAAAACAAUAAAUAAGAAAAUAAACAGAAAAAAUGUGAACGAAAAUAAGAGAAACGUAAAGAAAAACAAUAAUUUACAGAAAGAAGAAGAAAAUAAUUAACUUGAACCACAAAGAGGACUUAAGAAAAUCAAGCUUAAGACAAAUUACCUCAUUAAUUACCUGUUCAAGAUUACAAGGCCAAGCACACCUGUUCAAGAUUACCUGGCCAAGCACACCUGUCAAUUGAAGCUUACCUCUCCAAACACACCUGUCAAUUGAAGCUAACCUGUCUAAACACACCUGAUCAACUUGACCAGCCCAAACACACCUGUCACUUCAAUUUUACCUGUCCAAACACCUGUCGAACGAAGAUUACCUGCCCAAACACACCUGUCAGUUGAACUUCACCUGGCCAGAGCAUCCCAGGUCGUUGUCACCGGAGGGAAAGACACUUGAAUUGACCCGUACAAGUUACCUGUGGACAAUUCACAAUGUUUCCACGGAUCCAUCUCAUUGACCUGACCACGGUGGCGCCUCUACUGUUGCCCUUUGUGUACCUGGCGGGCGGAAGCUUCUACCAGGUGUUCAGAGUGGUGUUUGGGACACUGUUUCCAGCCUACUAUUCUUACAAGGCUGUCAAGACUAAGAACGUGAAGGAAUAUGUAAAAUGGAUGAUGUACUGGAUAGUGUUUGCCUUCUUCACCUGCCUGGAGACACUUACCGACAUCUUCCUCAGCUUCUGGUUCCCCUUCUACUACGAGCUGAAGAUCCUGGUGGUGUUGUGGCUGCUGUCCCCGGCUACCCGCGGCUCCUCCUUCCUGUACCGCAAGUUUGUGCACCCAUGGCUGACACAGAGGGAGGAGGACAUAGACAACUGCAUCGCCCAGGCUAAAGAACAGGGCUACUCUGCUGUGCUCACUCUGGGGUCUAAAGGAAUUAAUUAUGCUACUUCAGUUAUCAUGCAGACCGCAAUCAAGGGCGGUGGAGGACUAAUGAGUCAGCUGAAGAGAAGUUACAGCUCCGGGGAAUUGAUCAGCGAUGGUGGAGACCUCAACCGUAACAUCAAACCUAUGCCUCUUCACCUGCAGGACCCCGGCUAUGACCCCCACCACCAGGCCCCAGGGCCAUACGACCACGAACCGAGGGUAAGGGCGGAGAGCGACGCAGCAUACAAACCUCGAGGCUCAUCCGCCAGCCGAGUGGUUCGCUCCACCAAGACCCGAUCCGCUGAUGUGACGGAUUACUACCAGGAUGCGGCGGAUGAGGGGAGUGUUCAGCGCCGUCGGUCACCACGCAACCAGGAUUCUGCCAGGUCUCAGCCUACGCUACACUUCCAAGAACCACCACCAAGAGAACCGCAGCGAAAAAGAGGCAAGUCUGAGAACCGCCCACGGCCGAAGUCAAUGAUCAACGCAGCGGAGGUGACACGCGGUGCAGAGUGGGCGCGGGCUCAGCGGCUCGGCUCCACUUACUCCCUCAACACAGACGUGGAGCUUAGUGAGUCCUCCUCCCACUCCUCCCUUGCCUCAGCCGCCAGCGGAGGUCACGCGGUCCGGCCCAAGGCCCGCACCUCCUCCACCCGCCGCCGGCAGGAUUCCCAGGGCCGCCGCACCUCUGGCUCCUCCUCCAGGGCUGCCACACGCCAGCCUCCCACCGUGGCCAAGCAGACGUCCCUGGAAGCUGCCUCUGAGUCGGAGUGAUGGCCGCCGCUGCCAGGCCGCCACCGAGGGCCCCUACUGGUGAUAUCAAACUGGUUUUACAUGUUGGCUGGGCAGACAAGACCACUACGAGAUGUGUACUUCUGUUAUCCAUCGCAUGGCAGUUUUGUCCCUGCAAGUGAUAUCAAACUGGUUUUAUAAUGUAGCUUUCUGGCGGCCUGUGCUUUCAAGGGGGGGAGGGGCGCUGUACCCUGGCCCCCCUCCUCCCCCUCCCGUUUCCCCAGCCCAUACCCUACAAUCCCUUUGCUUGGGUCGCCGCCACAGCUUCAAGUGAUGGGGUGUGAUGGGGUGACCUCCUCCCCUCACCCCUCACCACCCAUGUUGCACCCUCCUUCCCUCCCAUCCCCCGUGCCCCUCCUGCUCAUAAUUACCUUGAGAUUUUACUGAGAUUGCUGCCUGCUACUCUCACUCACUCACCAACGCUUGUGACACCCCCCAGCCACUCACAGGUCACUCACAAGCCAGGUAUAAAAUUCCAGGUCUGCUGCGUCGUCGCCACUAAGGGUGUAACAUUCCAGGGAGGCGCCUCAAGGGAGCAACUCCACCUUGACACCAGCAUGUGACCUCUGGCAAUGAGAUACAUGGGUCACGUUUUGCCUGAGAUGAGAUUAGCUGGAUAAGAAUAGAUUGGGUUUGUCCCUUGCUUGGUGAAAGAUAGGUUGGUUUAGGACAGAGAUAAGCUGGAUUAGAGUGGGAGACUGGGUUUAUCCUUAGCUCGGUGAAAGAUAGGUUGGUUUAUGACAGAGAUAAGCUGGAUUAGAGUGGGAGAUUCAGUUUAUCCUUAGGUCGAAAGAUAAGAUGGAUUAGCAUGAAAAAUUUGGGUUGACUGACAAGAGAACUGGAUAAAUGAGUGGAUGGUAACCCUUUCACAGCUUGAGAAAUGAUAUCCAAUAAUUUUAGGACAAAGAAAAUGGAUAAGUGAGUGAAUGAUGAUAAUCCUCUUAGCUUGAAAAAUGAUAUUCACUCAGUUUACCAUGAAGAAAAUUAAUAAAAAAAGAGUGAAUAACAAGUCUAAGAUAUUAUACACACUCAGGAUGUAGGAAGCAGAUAAGUGGAUCUACCUGUGUGCUUGGUGGCUGAGGGGCUUGGUCCUCUCGUCUCGCCCCUCGUAGCACCGUGGUGGGGAGAACCGUUGUACAUACAUGCAUAGCCAGCAACUGUAGCAUCUUGUCAGCUUGUGUUGGCUGCAGAGAGCGAUGCUGUUAUGAAAUAGAGAAACAUUUAAUUCUACCACAUAGCUGUCUUGUUAUUUUCAGGACACGCUGUAUAUAUAUAUAUAUUAACAGUCCCCCCCCCACAAAAACACUACUCAUUCCUAGUUUUUUCGUUUUCUUUUUUUGUUUUUUGAUACUGUUUAGAAAUUAUGAGGAAUAUAAUACUUCUAUCACAAGGCAGUGUUGUCAGUAUUGUUAUAUGCUGUAUAUAUAUAUAUUAAUAUUAACAAAGUCCCCCCUCUUCCCCCAUUUCCAACAUUCAUUCCUCUGCCCUUUUUAUUUAGUUUUUCUUUUAUACUGUUUAGAAAGGAAGAAAAAGGUCACAAAGAGGAAUUAUUUUAACCUGUUUUAAAUGUUUCACUAUGUCAAUGUUUUGUGCCUGUUUUUUUGUACAUACGGCAUAGUGUAUAUAUAUAUAAACUGGAGAAAAAAAAUGUUAAAACACUGUAUGAUAUUGCAACAAACAAAUAACAAGAUGCAUGCAAGAAAUCAUUUAUAUCACUCGUUUUCUAAUUUAAUUUUGUGUUACGGUGGAUGUGCAGUACCCCCCCAACACACCCACCCACCCACCCACCCCACUCACCAAGGUCACCAUAACAUUACGCUUCCCGGCUGCCUGUGAACGGUGAACAGUAAUAUACAAGUUUAUUCCGUUACUCCUUUGUGUUCACUUGUGUUUGUCGUGUUCCGGCCACAGACAGCCCGCAUUAGAUCACAAACAGUAGGUUACUUAAUAUAGAGAAGAUGCUCUACCUGGGAUGAGUGGAGGGGUGGGGCUGCCAGUGAUAUAACCCCCCAAGUCAGUCUGUCAGUCAGGUUUUUCAGUGAACAGUACCCCAGUCAGUUUUUUUUUCAGCCAACGGUGCCCCCUUGUGAGUUUCUUCGUUUUCUUCGUCAACGGUAAGCCCAGUCAGUCAGUUUUUCAGUCACCGGUACCCCUAGUGAUUCAGUUUUUUCAGCCAACGGUGCCCCUAGUGAGUUAAUCAGUUUUUCAGUCAACGGUAAGCCCAGUCAGUCAGUUUUUCAGUCACCGGCACCCCUAGUGAUUAAUUUUUCCAGUCAACGGUGUUCAUUCUACGCAAUGUUUCCAUCUUGCGCAAGUCGGCACCAAUUAUUCAUUACCAUGCCCCUCAUACAAGUUUCUACGCGUCGCCACUUGAUGGAAGCCGUGCACAGUGGCGGCAAUGUUACCAAGCCAGCGAGCGAUCAGUGUGGGAGUGCGAGUGGCGUUGGUCACACUCACUCCCAGUACCCCGCCACCACCACCACUGCAGCCCCACUGAGGGUGAAGUGAUAGACAUAGUGAUGGUGGUGGUGGUGGUGUAACGCCCCAACACACAAACACACACACAUACACGCACACAGCCUCAUUGAUUCAAGAUAUAUUGUGAUUGUUAGGUGAAGAGGCAGGUUUGAUAAGGAAAGCCACCGGAUACCUAUCUAGUUGUGAAGGAUUAAUAUGCUGUAAACUUAUUAUAUUGCGUCUGUAUGAUUGUUUUUACGUUAAUAAAGAUUCAAAUGGA